CAACUAUCAUAUAUCCAAAUAAAAAACGAUAAAAAGAAUAAUGGCUUCUCAUGCUCUCUCUUUCCAUUCCUCACAAAUCUAUCACCGAUCCAUCUCCAAUUCUAAACCUGUUACUCUACAAAGGGGAAGCAUCAUCAUUCCUCAUGCUUCAAAAUCCAGUGGUUUUCCACUUAACUCUAUUUUCAAGAAAUGUGAAACCUGUGGAGGUCAAGGUGCCAUAGAUUGUGGUGGAUGCAAGGGAACAGGAAAAAACAAGAAGAAUGGAAAUAUAUUCGAGCGUUGGAAAUGCUAUGAUUGUCAAGGUUUUGGACUAAAGAGUUGCCCAAGUUGCGGAAAAGGAGGCUUAACACCUGAACAAAGAGGAGAACGUUGAUCAUAAUACUUUCUUAUUUUCAUUACUUUUGUAUAAAACUUCACUUCCUUUUAAUUUUAGACUACUCAACAAUGUUUCAUGCA